CAUGGAAGCACUCUCGAGCUCCGCUUUGCAAAUUAAGAGCUUUUCAGAAAGGUCAUUGGCUGCUAAAACCAGCAGGAAUAAUUUCGCUUUUGUGAGAAACUCUUACAGUUACAAUAAAAUCCAGUCGCUGCGACGGGAAGUGGCAGACGGCAGAGAAGACGAUAGCGAUAAUGGCGCCGUGCGUUUGGUACCAGAAGAAACUCUCUCUUUAUCUCUGUCCGUGAACGGAUAUUACAAACGGCUUGUUUGGCUAUGUUGUGAUGGCCUCUCUCAUAUCCUGAAGGGUAAUUCAUCAGAUCUCCAACAAAUUAGUGUACCGGAUAUUAAUUUGACGACACCACUUAUGGGAUCACAUAGUACUACUAGUGGGGGAGGUACAAGAGCUGGACUUUUCAGGACACCUAUAUCUGGAGGGGUGCAAAGUGCCACCUCUGCUCACGGCUUACCGAGACCACCCUUAGCUGUCAGGAAUUUGAUGGAACAGGCUAGAUUUGCCCACCUGUGUACAGUGAUGUCUGAAAUGCACCACCGCCGAGAAGGUUAUCCGUUUGGCUCACUCGUAGAUUUUGCGCCGGAUCCUAUGGGACAUCCAAUAUUUUCGCUCUCCCCAUUGGCUAUACACACGAGAAACUUGCUAGGCCAUCCAAAAUGCACACUAGUUGUGCAGACACCUGGAUGGAGUGGCUUGUCAAAUGCACGGGUGACAAUCUUUGGCGACGUGUACCCUCUCCCAGAGGACCAACAGGAAUGGGCUCACAAACUAUACAUGGAGAAACACCAACAGGGACCUUCUCAGCAGUGGGGGAAUUUCUACUAUUUUCGGAUGCAAAACAUAAGUGAUAUAUAUUUUAUUGGAGGCUUUGGAACUGUUGCUUGGGUCGAUGUUAAAGAAUAUGAAGAUCUUAGACCAGAUAAAAUUGCUGUCGAUGGCGGUGAACAAAAUCUAAAGGAACUAAAUGCAAUCUUCUCAAAGCCCUUGAGAGAGCUUUUAUCCAAAGAAGCUGAGGUAGACGAUGCGGCUUUCAUAUCGAUAGACAGUAAGGGGGUCGAUAUUCGUGUCCGACAAGGUGCCCAGUUCAACGUUCAAAGAAUCUCGUUCGAAGGCGGGCAGAGUGUCGAGACACUAGAGGAGGCGAAGACAGCACUUUGGAGGCUGAUGAACGGUGGCCGAAUGCACAAUCUGCAAAAAUGAUAAACAUAGAAAAAUUGUUUCCUUUUUUCUGUUUUUUUCUUCUAUUUUUCGCAGCCUGGUUGAUUGAGGUAAAAGUUAGGAGUGAAGAAAAAAAUCAAACUUAUUAUGCAUUUGCUUUUGUCAAAGAAAAGAUUUUUUUUUUUC